CCCUUCUCUAGUUCUCUUUCUCCGCUUCAUGUAUGUAUAUCCUAUGAUUGCUUGACUCCAAAGACUUUGCAAGGGUACACCCCAUUUUCUGUUUCUUUCUGCCUCAGAAUUCUCUUGAUUUUGUGGGUUCUGUAACCAUCAUUAACACAUGGUGAAAUCAGGAGAUGGUGGGUCUCUAUCAGUGGCUCCUUUUCUUAAAAAAUGCUACGAUAUGGUAGAUGAUGAGUCCACAAAUUCGAUUAUUUCAUGGAGCCAAAAUAAUGAUAGCUUCAUUAUAUGGGAUAUAACUGAAUUUUCUAUUCAAUUGCUGCCCAAGUACUUCAAGCACAGCAAUUCUUCUAGCUUUAUCAGGCAGCUUAAUAUCUAUGGCUUCAGGAAAAUUGAUACAGAUCGCUGGGAGUUUGCAAAUGAUGGAUUUAUCAGAAAUCAAAAACAAUUGUUAAAGAACAUCUCCAGAAGAAAACAUUCUCAAUUCACUGUCAAUCAAAAAGAAUUGCAGCAGCAGGAUAGCUCAGUUGAGCCUUUUGGCAAAACUGAAAAUGAGGGGCUAUGGAAGAAAAUUGAGAAUCUGAAGACUGACAAAAAUGCACUGAUGCAGGAGUUGAUUAAUCUUAGGCAGCACCAGGAAAAUGCAGAUAAUAACUUACUCCUCUUGAGAGAUAAAGUUCAAGGAAUGGAAAAAAAUCAGCAGCAGAUGCUGUCAUUUUUAGUUAUGGUAAUGCAAUGUCCAGGAUUUCUGGUUCAGUUGCUUCACCCCAAAGAGAACAACUGGCGGAUGGCUGAACCAGGAAGCAUAGUGGAACAAGGUGCAGAUGAAGAACAAUUAGCUUCUGAUGGGAUGAUAAUAAGGUACCAGCCACCACAAAUGAAUGAGAUGCCUACACCUAUGGUUUCAGAAAAACCAGAAGAAUCUAACACUUUUUCUGAUGGGAAAGAUUCUUUCUUGAGUCCUGAUUUUAUGAAAUUGCUUAUGGAUGAAAAUUCAUCUUUGUUUGAAAAUCAUGCCCCAUUUAUUCCACCGGAAUUAUAUGAUGAUGGUGCAUGGGAAAAGCUUUUUUUAGCCAGUCCUUUCUUACAGAAUGUUGAUGAUACCAAACAAGACACGGAAAGGACUACUGAUACUGAAAAUGAAAUUGGAACAGCAGUGCAUGGAACCCAGGUUGAGUAGAUGGUGAGAUCAGGAAAUUCUGGAUUUCUAACAGAAGAAAUAGAUAAAUCUAAGAGCUUGGAGUACAAAUCACUGGCUCAUGGGCCUCAUUCAGAGAAGUCUGAGAACUUGGAAAUUCGAACCUAGCAAAUGGCUCUUUUGGCAUCAGAAAUCAACCAAAAACGUGGAUUAUACUAGAACAAUACCUAGAAAAUUGUUAUAUAGAUAAAUUAUGUAGUCUUCUGCAUGGGCAAAUUCUGACAAAACAAUGUAAGUUGGUUCUCUUCUUCUUUCCAACCUAUCAAAGGACAUUAUAAGUUAUUUGAUAGUUAUGAUGGGGCCAACUUAUUUAUUUGUUACCUUAAUGCAAACGAAAGUAAUUGGGGUUAUUUUUUUU